AUGAAACAGCUGGCGGCGCCAAAUCAUCUCUAUUUUUUGGUUCGCGUAACCAAGCUGCAUAAAGAUAGCCCUUCGAUGAGCUUUCAGAAUGCGGCAAUGUUGCCGUUGCCGGUGCCAAUACAAGCAUCUCUGCCAAUCCAGCCGGCGUCACCGCUUUCACAACAAAUAUCAACAGCUCAUAUUUUACCAAAUGAUGACCUGGAACUGAAACUGCACUAA